UAGGAUAUUCAUAUUUGCCGCUUCAUUUGAAUAAUGUCUUAAAUUAAACCCACCGACCAACCAACGAGUCUUCCUCAGCACUCUAAGCAUGAGUUUCGACUCCGCUCGCUCGGCGGGCUCUUCCGGCCAAAACUCUAAGCGAAGUCUGAAUUCCUCCCGUUCCGAUCUCUCCAAGAAGCAGAAGAAAGAGAAGAACCAGAAAACCCUAGGCGCUGCUUGGGGCUCAACUUCUCUAUCUUCCUCUCGUUCUUCAUUCCGUAAAUCCCCUUUCUCCGAUUUUGGCAGUUAUAUGGCAGAAAAGAAUAAGAAACUUCAUAAUCAGUUCAAUGGAGUGGCUUCAAAUUCUUUAAAUAGUGGCUCCAGUUCUGAGCAUUCAAUAUUUACAGGAGUUUCUAUAUUUGUUGAUGGGUUUACAGUUCCCUCCAAUCAGGAACUGCGGGGAUACAUGUUAAAGUAUGGUGGAAGAUUUGAGAACUACUUUUCAAGGCGUCGUGUCACCCAUAUUAUAUGUAGCAAUCUUCCCAGCAGUAAACUAAAAAACCUCCGGUCUUUCAGUGGAGGGCUCCCAGUGGUGAAACCUAAUUGGGUUGUAGAUUCUGUUGCAGCCAAUAAACUCUUGACUUGGAUCCCUUAUCAACUGGUUCAACUUUCUGACAACCAGCCAAGGCUGUCAGAUUUCUUUGCUACUAAACUCAGUUCCGCUUCAGAGGAUUCUCGUCUUGUUAAUUAUGACAACGACUAUACAUAUAAUAGAGAAAGUCUAACAGAGGAGGAAUCUGAAGUUGGUGAAGAAACUGAAUACAUGAACCAAAAUAGAGGAGAGUCUGAUGAUACUGCACAUCAAAAGAGUCAAGCACUAAUUGAGGAACCAACUAUUGGAAGUGAAAAGUCUUUGGAAACGAAAAUACUGCAUACAUAUAAUCUUGACGCAGAAAAUGAUAGCUGUGUGAAACAUUCUGUUUCUAGGAGUCCUUCUCAGCCCUCUGCCUCAUUCAACAAUAAUCAAGAUUCCAAAGCCUCACCAAGUUCACCAGCUGUUGGGUAUUAUGGGCGUCAUUCAACUCUCACUGAUCCAAAUUUUGUGGAAAAUUAUUUCAAGAGCUCAAGGCUGCACUUUAUAGGAACCUGGAGAAAUAGGUAUCGUAGGCGUUUUCCCUGCCAGUCGAAAGGAUUCAAGAAUACCAAUUCCAAUCAUUCUUCUGCUGAUUCGCUCAGGACAGCUAUUAUCCACAUUGACAUGGACUGCUUUUUUGUCUCGGUUGUCAUCAGGAAUGAUCAUAAAUUGAAGGAUAAGCCUGUGGCUGUAUGCCAUUCGGACAGUCCCAAAGGAACUGCUGAAAUUUCAUCUGCCAAUUAUCCUGCUCGUGUUUAUGGUGUAAGAGCUGGAAUGUUUGUUAGAGAUGCCAAGGCUCUUUGUCCUCACUUAGUCAUUUGUCCCUAUAACUUUGAAGCAUAUGAAGAGGUCGCUGACCAGUUCUAUAACAUAUUGCACAAGCAUUGCAAGAAAGUACAGGCAGUCAGCUGUGAUGAAGCAUUCUUAGAUGUUUCAGGGUUAGAAGGAAAAGAUCCUGAGAUUUUAGCUUCAACUAUAAGAAAGGAAAUUUUUGAGACAACCGGAUGCACUGCAAGUGCUGGUAUAGGUGGGAAUAUGCUUAUAUCUCGCCUUGCCACCAGAGAUGCCAAACCAGAUGGGCAGUGUUAUAUUCCUCCAGAGAAGGUGGAUGAUUACUUGCGCCUACUACCAAUCAAAGAACUACCAGGAAUAGGACAUGUUCUACAAGAGAAGUUGAAGAAGCAAAAUGUUCAUACCUGUGGACAGCUGUGUUUAAUCUCAAAGGAAUGUCUUCAAAAGGACUUUGGAGCAAAAACAGGGGAGAUGUUAUGGAAUUAUAGUAGGGGAAUAGAUACUAGACUUGUUGGGAUCAUUCAGGAAAGCAAGUCCAUAGGAGCUGAAGUGAAUUGGGGUGUGAGAUUUAAUGAUCCAAAAGAUAGUCAAAACUUCCUCUUGAGCCUUUGCAAGGAGGUCUCAUUGCGCUUGCAAGGAUGUGGAGUGCAGGGGCGCACAUUCAUCCUUAAAAUUAAAAAGAGGCGAAAAGGUGCAGAGGAGCCUGCAAAGUAUUUGGGUUGUGGAGAUUGUGAAAAUUUGAGCCAUUCCCUUACUGUUCCAGUUGCUACUGAUGAUGUUGAAGUGCUUAAGAGAAUAACAAAGCAGCUAUUUGGGAUGUUCAACAUAGAUGUUAAGGAGAUUAGGGGUGUUGGCUUGCAAGUUUCCAAGCUUGAAAAUGCAGAUUCAUUUAGGCAGGGUUCCGAGAAAAACUCUUUGAAGUCAUGGUUGAAAUCUUCCUCCGUAUGUUCAGAAAAAUUUGAUUAUGUACCAGGGAAGAAGACGGCAGUAGAUUGUGAGGGACUGAGAUCUGAUGGAGUUCGUGGACAGUUAUAUGAAGAUACACUUGUUACGAACUCAGUGGAUAAUAAGCCCUCUAAUGGGGAAUCUAGCUUGAACUCAAAUUCAGCACCUCCACCUUUUUCUCAUCUUGAUUUUGGAGUUAUUGAGAAUCUUCCUCCAGAUAUUUUUUCAGAACUAAAUGAAAUUUAUGGAGGGAAGUUAGUUGAUUUUGUUGCUAAAAGUAAAAGCAAAGGGAAAGGAAAAAUGAACGAGGGAGAAAGGCUUCCCCAUCACAAUCUGGUGCUUCAAGACAAAUUAUCAAGUAAAGAUGAGGUAGAACAGCCACACUUAAAGCCUUCUAUGGGAGGAUCUCAUGAUUUUCUCAGACCAGAUCUUGAGAAUACUGAUCUAAUGCCUUCAUCUUUGAGUCAAAUAGAUGCAUCGGUGUUACAACAAUUGCCUCAAGAACUGAGAGUCGAUAUACUUGAGCAGCUUCCUGCACAUAGGUUACCAGGACUUCCUUUGAGUUCUUCCUUGAGCCCUAAUUCAGAACAUCCAUAUCCACAACAAUCAUUAAAUAUCGAUGAGGUUGAAAAUAAUCUUGAAUCAACUGAUUCUAUGUCAAACUGCGACCUCUGGGUCGGAAGUCCUCCCAAGUGGGUUGAUGAAUUCAGCGUGAAUAAUUGUGUAAUAUUGAAUACACUUGCGGAGAUGUAUUACAAGUCAGGGUCAAAUCAAAGUUUAUCUUCAGUUCUACGAUGUAUCACUUUGGAAUGUCAGGGUAUUCUAGAUGCCCCUGGGUAUGUAGGUUGGCAGGAAGCUAUAAACAAAUUUUCGGAGGUUGUCAAGCAGUAUGUCAAAUUAAAGAUUGAGCUGGAUAUCGAAGAGAUCUAUAUUUGUUUCCGUCUGAUACAAAGGUUCAUGUCGAAGUCAAAGUUUCUCUUACAUGUUUAUGACUCUGUGUUUCCAUAUCUUCAGGCAUCUGUCAGUGAAAGCUAUGGAGGUAACUUACGCUUUGGUUAGUGCUUGAAUGUGAUGCAUUAACAUCCAAAGUGGAGAUGGUUUUAAAGGGAUUUUGCAAUGAAAUUCUCACACUUAAGGAUUAGAGCACAAGAGUUAGACGAAAAUGGCUCCCAAAACGGCAUCAUUUGAGGUAUUUUAUGGUCGGAAAUCCUCUGCAAAUACAUCAUACAUCCUUGGAAAUUGAGCAGCACAGCAGUUGAUCAUUCGUUGAGGGAUAUAGACUCAAUGUUACGCCUUCUAAAGGUUAGCUUGUAUAUGUUGGUAUUAGAGUUUAGAUCUUCCUAUGGCAGAGAAGAAGAACGGUGAGUCAGAGAUGAAUCUUUUAUGAAGAAAGUAGAGCUGAUGAGAGAGAAAUUGUUGAAAUUAGAAAAUCCUUGAAACGAGUUCAAGAAAUGCAGCAAAAGUUUAGAGAAACUUAAAGGGCCCUGCCUGAAUCCUUGACUCAACUGAUCAAGAACUUGGCAGUAGUUCCAACAGAAGGUGCGGUGUCAGGACAGAUCAGACCAGAGUGACAGUUGAGAAGGUGGCAUGAUGCUGGUGUAAGGCAAGGGUGUCACUCGCGGGUGUGAAAUGGGGACUUCAGUAGCUACAUUGAGGGUGGUGCCUGUGUAGGAUUGGUUGACAACGGCGAAGACAAACAGUGUAACAAGAAGUGUAAAGGGGCCCUUAAAGGUGAUGCUGCUAGCUUAAGUGAUCAAAGAUAUGGUAACUUUUCUGGAACUAUUUUUGUUCUUGUUUUCUAUUAUUGGUGUAUGCCAUUUAUAUUGUUGUUGAUGGAACAAAUUUUGCUAAUUUGAUACUUGUUCUUGUUCUCUUUGAAUAUAUUAAGUUCAUUGAUUGAUAUUUGAAUUUAC